AAGAGCCUCAUUUUCGUUCGUCCCCAGAACGUCACAAACUAGAGAGAGAAUCAUCACGACAAGUCUCUUCCCCUUCUCCUUCUCUUCGCGCAGAUGACUAUCUAAUAUCUUCUGGGGAACAGUCAUAAACAAAAGGCCAUGGCUUUUCUUCUACCUAACCUUCCUUCGUCCCUCUUUCCCCAAACCAAAUCCAAAGAAAAGCCCUUCUCUCAAAUCCCUUCUCUUUCUAAACUCGCUUCUCACUGUCCUCUGUCUCUCGCCUCUGCUUCUUCUUCUUCACUGAAUUGCCUCCAAACUUCCACUGUACAGGUCGCCCAAGUUAACCCACCCCCAGGUGCUCAGGAUGACAAGAAUCAGAAAGAUGAUUUCUUUGUCAAUCUAGGCUUUGCUGUUCGGACUCUUCGCGAGGACCUCCCUCUUCUCUUCGUCCAAGAUCUCAAUUAUGAAAUCUACAGGGAUGACAUAACAUUUAAGGACCCUUUAAAUACGUUCACUGGAAUUGAAAAGUACAAAUUGAUCUUCUGGGCAUUGAGGUUUCAUGGCAAAAUUUUGUUUCGUGAGAUUGCUUUGGAUGUGUAUAGGAUAUGGCAGCCUUCAGAGAAUGAGAUACUGAUCAGGUGGAACCUGAGGGGAGUCCCUAGAGUUCCAUGGGAAACCAAGGGAGAAUUUCAGGGCACUUCGCGUUAUAAAGUGGACAGAAAUGGUAAAAUUUAUGAACACAAGGUGGACAAUUUAGCAUUCAAUUUCCCUCGGACACUCAAACCUGUCUCAGUUUUGGACUUGGUCACUGCAUGCCCUGCUAGUCCAAACCCUACGUUUUUGUGGGGUCCUGCAAAUUCCUACUCUUCUUCGUGGAUUGAGUUCUAUCGAGCAGUUAAAGGAACAUUGGAUCAAGAUGGUAGGUUGCUACCUCAAGAUGGUCUAGCUACAUGUUCAUAGUCAUCUGAUAGGUAAUUUAUACCAUACGAUCGAAUAGGUUAGGUAUAACUAUCUGAUGAAUGCUCAUAUACUAUGGGUUUUUGUUGAUGUAUAAGAGUGUAUAUAGAUAGGCAGAGAUGCUGAAGAGUCCUAGUUGCUCACUCUGAAAUGAAUCCUUCCAUGGUUGGUGUGCUCAUACAAUAUGACAUGUAUCUAUAUGCAAUAUUCUUAAGAGAUUCACUUCAAUUCUGUCACUAUUUUUUUUUUUCCUUUUGUUAUAGCUGAAACAUAUGGAUCACACUUGUUCUGAGGAAACAUAUUUUCACCUGCCUUGUAUUACUAUAGUUCAGUUA